AUUUCCACAUCAUGAGACCACCAUAAAAACCGCUAAAAUCAGGUCGGCUGGCGACGACCGAUAAGCCACCAUAAUGGAGAUAAAUCGAAAAGUGCAUCGGCUCGUGAAAGGAUGCGCCAUCCGGACCAAUCUUCGCGUUGCCCCCCAUGAAAAAGCUUCUGCGCAAGAACGAGCUUCAAGCGACUAUAAAAGCCCGCACGAAACUCGUCCGCUUUCCAGUCACGUUUAGAGCCGUCUUUCAAGUGACGAAAAAAAAGAAAAGAGAAAUACGGGGGACUUACUUGAAUUACGUGCGCUUAUCAUACCGAUAAAGAAAGAGAAAAAGAGAGGAUCAAUCACGGAAUUUUUUUGACGUUUGAAGAAAAGAGAUUCGCCUUAAAUAAAAAAAACUGAAAAAUAUACGUUGUUAUAAAUAGCACAGUUCUGGAAAAACAGGGCCUUCUUUCUCCAUUUGGAUUUUGAUCUUUUUCUUAUCGUGAAAUCUAUAUUCGAAAUUUAAUUAUUAAAUCAUGCAAAAUUCCAAAUUUUGAUUUAUAUUUUAUUUUAGCACUUGAUCUCUCUUAACAACAUUAUUUGGCAUAUCAAGAUAUAUUCUCUCAUUAUCGAGAAUUAACAAGUUACGACGCGUAAAAUUUCGCUAAAAACGGAGCUCCGCUAAUAGUAACUUUCGAUUUUUCUUUACUCUAUCCGUCGAGAUCGAUGAUCAAGGAUGAGUUUGGGCGAUUUGAGAAACAGUCGCGCGAUCACCAUCGCGGUAGUCUAUCUCAGUCUCUUCCUGGAUAAUGUCCUCUUGACUGUAGUUGUGCCGAUUAUUCCCGAUUAUCUGUGCACGCUCGAUGCGAACACAACUACGAACGCCGAGAAAGACGAGAACGGUCGAGUGGGAUUACUAUUAAGCUCGAAGGCUCUGGUCCAAUUAAUUUUGAAUCCCGCCGUGGGCACCCUCACUGGCACCCUGGGCUACGCCAGACCCCUCUUCCUGGGAAAUCUGAGCCUCUUGCUGGCUGCUUUACUGUUCGCUUUUGGACAAACAUACGAGGUACUGUUCUUGGCUCGGAGUAUUCAAGGUGUAGCCUCAGCAUGUAUAGCGGUCUCCGGCAUGUCUCUGGUCGCCUCUCAGUAUUCCAAAGAGGACGAAAGAUCCAAGAUUAUGGGUUUCGUCCUCGGCAGCAUCGCUCUGGGCGUGCUCCUGGGUUAUCCGAUCGGUUCCGUGCUUUAUGAUCUCGAGGGAAAAAUGGCACCUUUAUUAGUAUCUUGCCUCAUCGUUGUAAUAAUUUGUUUGCAAAUUUUGACGUUAGACGUUCAAACAACCGCCGAACCGAACGAGCAACAAAGUACAUGGAUGCAUUUAUUAUCUAAUCCACAUAUCCUCAUCAUCUCCGGUGCUAUCUGGUGUUCGACAUCGCCGAUGGCGAUACUAGAGCCGUGUCUGCCCAUUUGGCUUCGAACCCACAUAAAACCCGAGAAAUGGCAACUGGGCACGGUAUUCAUACCAGACAGCGUAGGCUACUUAAUCGGGACCAACUUCUUCGGCGUGAUCGCGUAUCGUUACGGACGCAGCAAAGUGGCGAUUCUGGCUGUGUUCGUGGUUGGAGUUAGCGCCAUUCUCAUCCCGUCAGCCAACACAAUGUCAGAAUUGAUAUUACCGCAUCUGGGAAUGGGUUUGGGUAUCGGCGUCGCCGAUGCAGCUCUCGUGCCGCUGCUGGCCAGUUUGGUGGACCGAAAUGGCAAUUACGGACCAGUUUACUCGAUUCAACAAGUAGCUGUCAGUUUAGCUUACUCCUUAGGUCCCAUUGUGGGCAGCGAAAUGGUCAGAGCUAUUGGAUUCCCAUGGGUGAUGCGAGUCGUGGGUAUCGCGAACAUGGCGUACUGUCCACUGCUUAUAUACCUCACGUUGGAACGAAGAAAGUUGUUGACUAAGAUAGAGGAAAAAAAGGAUUACGACACGUUUCGGAAAUCCAUCGCGCCCUACGAAAGAUUUCACGAUUCCGACGACGAUCUUUGACGCGCGUCAUGCAGAAACGGGUCCUCGUCGUAACUGAUGAACCGAAGUGAAUUAUUGAUGGAACAGCGUCCCCGGGACCGUCAUCCGUGGCAUGGCGACGUUCCUCGGAUCAGAGAGGGCAGGAAUCCGCUGAAUUCGGAGACACAGCGAAUGCACGAGACGGACAAGAAGCGCGCGCUCCCGAUAAUGGAAAACGACCGAUCGAUCGAUCGAACUGCGCGACGCAGUCCUCUGAAAGCUUAUUAAUGCACUCAAUCUACAGUAAAAUUCAUUUACGUUGCAUUAACGGUCUCGCCAUCUGCCGCAGGCAUUGACUCGUCAUAUUAAGUUUACGUAGAUCGCAGUAGCACUUGAUCGAUGCGCAUCUCACGAUCGGUUGUGCCCAAAAUCAAAUGUUAUUAGAAUCCCGAGAAAAACAUUUUUAUAUAAAUAAUUGUAUCAUUUUUUCUACUGACCAGUCAGGUCGAAUUUUAA